AAUGAAAAAUUAUAUAGCUUCUUUUGCUGGAAUUUGGAAGGAAAGAGGUGUAACACUUAUGUGUGAUGGUUGGUCAGGACCAACUAGAAAACACAUUAUAAACUUUUUAGUUUAUUGCGAUAGAGGCACCGUGUUUCAUAAAUCAGUUGAUGCCUCUGAUGUGCCAAGCAGAACAGCUGAAUAUUAUUUCAGAUUAAUGGAUGAGGUGGUUGAAGAAAUUGGAGAGGAGAAUGUUGUCCAAGUAGUGACUGAUAAUGAAGCUGCAAUGAAGGCAGGAGGAAAAUUAUUAAUGCAGAAGAGGCCCAAUCUCUAUUGGACAGCAUGUGCAGCUCAUUGCAUAGACCUUAUUCUUGAAGAUAUUGGUAAGAAAAGUAACGUGAAGAAGGUCUUAGAAGAUGCAAGAACAAUAACCUCAUUUAUUUACAACCACACAUGGACAGUGAAUUUCAUGAAGAAAUUCACAAAUAAUAGAGAGUUACUUCGCCCUGCCAUCACUCGAUUUGCCACAAAUUUCAUUGCUUUGGAGACUAUUGUCAGGCAUAAACAAGCACUAAGGGAAAUGUUUACAUCUGAUGCUUGGAAAAACUCAAGGUUUGGAAUGGCAAAAUUAGGCCCAGCAUAUGAUUCAAAGAAAAUUAUCUUAGGCAAAGAGUUUUGGCAAAAGGCCUCUGAUAUAAUUAAAGUGCAAGAACCCUUGGUGAAAGUUCUUAAAUUGGUUGAUGGUGAUGAAAAACCAACCAUGGGCUUCAUAUACGAGGCAAUUGAUAGGGCGAAGUUGGCCAUUCAAAAAGAUUGCCGGUUUUACAAAGACUAUUGGAAAAUUAUUGACAACCGGUGGAGUUUUCAGUUGCACCAAGAUUUGCACGCUGCUGGGUAUUUUUUGAACCCACAAUUUCUUUAUGGUGCCCCACCCUCUCCUGAAGUUGCUAGAGAAGUCAUGGAUGGAGUUAAAAAAGUGAUAACCAAGUUGGUACCCGAUAUAGAUACUCAAAUUCAGGCUAUUAAUCAAGUAGCUUGUAAUGUGAGAGGAAAGCUUGAUCCACCCUGUAAUGCAGUGGGAUAUAUUGACAGAGAAGUGCUGGGAAUCAAUCAUAUUUAUCAGCAUCCAGCUUGGAAGAGAUCAAAAGUAUGCACUGUGAAUUCCCCUCAUGCGGGACCUUUUCGGAAUGAUGCUCCAUCAUGGUGCCAGGCUCCCUUUGAACCAGAAGGGAUUAUAAGCUCAUUAUCUUCCAUUCUCUCCACAAUCAUUGGAGUGCAUUUUGGGCAUGUGCUUAUACAUUUAAAGGUUCAUUCAAAUAGACUUAAGCAUUGGGUUGUAAUGGGUCUUGCUCUUCUCAUUUUAGGCAUCAUUCUUCACUUCACUGAUGCAAUUCCCUUAAAUAAACAGUUGUACACAUUCAGUUAUGUUUGUGUGACCUCUGGUUCAGCGGCAUUGGUGUUCUCUGCAUUCUAUAUUCUGGUUGAUAUUUGGGGUUUCAGGCACCUGUUUCUGCCAUUGGAAUGGAUUGGCAUGAAUGCUAUGCUUGUUUACGUUAUGGCAGCCGAAGGCAUCUUUGCAGGAUUCAUUAAUGGGUGGUAUUAUGAUGACCCUCAUAACACACUGGUUUAUUGGAUUCAGAAGCACAUUUUCGUUGAAGUUUGGCAUUCGAUACGUGUAGGCAUUCUACUCUAUGUGAUCUUUGCAGAGAUUCUCUUUUGGGGCAUUGUUUCGGGCAUUUUGCAUCAGCUGGGCAUUUACUGGAAGCUUUAGCUGCUUGUCUAAGGAGUUUGACAGUGCACUGUGCUUAAAUUCACCAGAGCUGUAUAUUUUUUGCUGGGAAGUUCUGGCCACUAAAUGCAGGUUUCUUUUUUCAAUUGCUCCUCUAGCUUUUGUAGAGCAUGCUGGAGAUGAAAUGGUCUGUUCUAUUGUGGGAUUAGAAAAUUCAAAAAAUGUUAAAAUAAUAAAUUAUAUCAAGAUCUUGAAACAGUGCACGCAUAACAUGACAUGAAACCAAAAAAUUAUAAAAAAAUUUGCAUGAGAUUUUGUUUCCGUAAAA